CUUUGCAACAAUAUUUACAACAAUGUAACAUGUAGGAGCAAUGACAAUUUCCAUAAGGCAAGCUUUUUAAUCUGUAAUAAUGUUGAUAUAAUUUCCAUAUAUAAUAUAUAUUGAGGGAGAAGAUGAACACAUAUUCGAAACCAUAGAAUGGAAUAUUUGGUUUGUAUUACGUAACAUCGACAAAAUGAAUGAGAAAGAUGAUCUAGAUAAUAUGACGGUGAUUGAUACAAAAGAAGAGGAAAUAAAAGGAGCUUCUGAUGCCAAAACUGUUACUGAUGAAUUCAUGGGGAGCUUUGGGGCGCAUGGCCUUCCACGUGUUUGGUCCUCAGCCAGCCCCGUGAAGAAAAUAGUAUGGUUAGUCCUGUUCCUGGCAGCCAGUGGUUACUGCCUCAAUAUCAUCAUUCGCGUUGGAAUAAAGUUUGGAACUUUUCCAUCUGGAAUCAAUUCAAAAGUCUACCCCAGGAGUAUAGUAGACUUUCCCGCUGUGACAAUCUGCAACCUUAACAUGUUGAAAGCUACUAGUAUUUCCAAUAAUAAUGUAGAGAAAUAUAUUAAUCUUCUGAGUGUUCAGUCAGAAGCUGAGGCAAGUAUGAACUCUUGGAUAACUUGGGCACUCAACUACACCGAUUCUGUUACAACAUCUUUUGGUCCAACAACAGAUAGCACUUCGAGAACUAAUAGCUCAAAUGCUGGCACAACCGAUCACACAACCGUCGCCGAUAGACGUAAACGAGCCGUCGAGGAAUUUCCAUUCAACGAAGAUCUUCUUGAAGAUGAACUACUGUUAAAUCUUCGAGCAGAUCACGUCAAUGAUCUAACUCGAUUGAUUCAUAUGCCCGAGGUUGUUAAGAUGGCUACAUUACGUUUACUGAAAAAACGCCACGGCUUUGACAUGAGAGAACAACGAUCCGCUCCUCCUAUCCCACAUAGACAGAAACGGGAUAAUCAAGCAGCUGAAACAAAUAGCAGUGAUUAUUAUGAUGACAACUUUUAUUAUUAUGAUAAUUAUGAUUAUAGUUAUUAUGAUGACUAUGGAUUCGGUGAUGUGUCUGAAAACGAUUUCAGAACUCUGCUAACCAAAUCAAAGACCGAUGAUUACCAGGACCUCAUGGGUGUUUUAAAACCUACAAAAACAGAAUUGGAAUUAUAUGGACAUUCCGCUCAAGAUAUGAUCGUGUCAUGCACAUUUGACAGCAAAAAGUGUAACUACACGCUGUUUAAAACGUUUCAAAAUAGUUACUAUGGAAAUUGCUUCACGUUUAAUUAUGACGAUGGCAACUCUACUACACAGGAAGUAGUAUUUAAUACAACAAAGAAAGGAUCGCGAUUUGGCCUGAAACUGACGCUAAACAUUGAGAGACAAGAGUACAUUGGGCUGUUCGCGCAUGGGUCAGGAGUCAGAGUUGCUGUGCAUCCUAGGAAUGCCACUCCCUUUCCUGAGGAUUAUGGAAUCUCUGCUCCAACUGGCUGGGAAACUGCUAUAGGAGUACGGGAGAAUCGUGUGACACGACUUACUAAACCAUUCGAAAGCAACUGUUCCCAUGGUAACCAUGAUCCAUCAGAAACCUACACCGGGCUCUACACGUUAUUAGAAUGUAACCAGAGGUGUCUCCAGAAGCAAAUACGCUCCAAGUGUAAAUGCCUAGAUGAGAUAAUGGACGACCAGACAUGGGAGUCAGUUUAUGCCAGUGAUAGUGCGACAUCGAUGUUAAAUCCAUGCUCGAUUUUAAACUCGACUGAAGAGAAAUGCAGACAGAGAAUGUACUACCUUUCACAGACAAACCGUCUUGGUUGCGAUUGUCCAUUGCCAUGCCUGGAGCUUGGUUUUGAAGAAUCAUUACAUUCCUCAGAGUGGCCUAGCGCUCAGUACUACCCACUUAUGAUGCAAAAGCUUACUGACAGUAACAUUAUAAGCGAAGGACAACUUAAAAUAAUGAACGACCUGAAAACAACGAGGGAAAAUUUUGUUCGCCUGCAUGUGUACUACAAAGACAUGAUCCUUGAAUCACUCGAAGAAUUCGAAGCCUACACAGUGGAUAGUUUGAUUGGUGACAUUGGUGGGAUUCUGGGCUUGUUCAUCGGCAUGUCUGUGCUUACUAUAGCAGAGGCCGUUGAAUAUUUAAUUGACCUCUGCCUUCUCAGAUGCAAGACAAACAAUAAACGCAACAGUGUGGUUGCACUAAAAUAAUUCAGAAACACAUUCAAUUAUAUAAAAUGUAGUGAAUUUAUGUAUUUGGAAGACAAGGAAACUAUUGAGUAAAUAAAUUAUGCCGCCAUGUUGUCAUCUGCGCUUCAUUGAGGUAGAAUAGUAAAAAUGUAAUUGUAUUGACAAAAUAUGAUGUGGGAUAUAUUUCUAAAAACUUUAUUGACACUAUUAGGAAUAUAUUUGAAUUAAAUUUGACGUGAGUUCAUUUUGUCAGAAAUGUAAUAUAUGUUCAACACUAGAAGAUGUGAAGAUGUAAAUGAGUUGAAAAAAUAGAUAAUCUAACAAGUGGCUGUUGAAUAUUAGAUCAAUUUGAUAGAAGAGAUCACUUUUCCCUAAUUUGGAGAUUCUUGAAUUCCCACUUUAAA